AUGAAAAUGGAGUGGAAACCUGAAGAAGAAGGAUUAAGACAAAUUUUAACUCUGUUGAAGGAGUCCCAAUCGCCAGACACUGCAACUCAGAGAGCAGUUCAACAAAAAUUAGAGGAAUUGAAUAAAUAUCCAGAUUUUAACAAUUACCUCAUAUACGUCCUGACAAAACUGGUUUCGGAAGAAGAACCGACAAGGUCACUUAGCGGUUUAAUUUUGAAAAAUAAUGUAAAGUCACAUUACAAUAGUUUUUUACCGGAGGUCGCAGAGUUUAUUAAGCGAGAAUGCUUAUCUGCUAUCGGCGAUCCAUCACCAUUAAUUCGAGCUACUGUGGGAAUCAUCAUAACAACUAUUGCCAGUAAGGGAGAGAUUACAUCUUGGCCUGAACUCUUACCUUUAUUGUGUCAAAUGCUUGAUUCACAAGAUUACAAUGUUUGUGAGGGUUCUUUCGGAGCACUUCAAAAAAUAUGUGAAGAUACGGCUGAACUUCUAGAUAGUGAUGCACUAAACCGACCAUUAAAUGUCAUGAUACCUAAAUUCCUACAGUUUUUUAGACAUUCUUCUCCAAAAAUAAGAUGUCAUGCUAUUGCUUGUGUCAACUUCUUUAUUAUGAGUAGGACACAAGCACUUAUGUUGCAUAUUGAUGCCUUUAUUGAAAACCUCUUCUUUCUUGCAAGUGAUGAAGAUCCAGAUGUUCGGAAAAAUGUUUGCCAUGCUCUAGUUUUACUGUUGGAAGUUCGUUUGGAUAGACUUACACCUCACCUGCCAAAUAUCAUUGAGUAUAUGCUGCUACGGACCCAAGAUGCAGAAGAGGCUGUUGCACUGGAAGCAUGCGAAUUCUGGCUGUCACUAGCUGAUCAAAGCAUCUGUAGGGAGGUACUAGGCCCUCGUCUGCCAGCGCUAUUGCCAGUUCUAGUCAGGGGUAUGCGUUACUCGGAAAUGGAUGUAAUUCUGCUUCGCGGUGAUCGUGACGACGACGCAGACGAAGAAGAGCCAGACAGAGACGCGGAUAUACGGCCAAGAUUCCACAAACCUCGCUCACAUACCAUCAAACAUAAUGUUGGCGGAGGUGAUAGCAACAUGUCAGGUGGUGGGGAAUCGGAUGAUGAAGAUGAUGGUGGAGACACAGACAGCUCUCUCUCUGAUUGGAAUCUUCGGAAAUGCAGUGCCGCUGGUCUGGAUGUGUUAGCUAAUGUAUUUGGAGCAGACUUACUUCCCGUUUUGUUCCCAAUACUUAAGGAAACGCUCUUUCAUGAUGAUUGGGUUAUCAAGGAAAGCGGAAUAUUAGCCCUUGGCGCAGUGGCAGAUGGGUGUAUGGUGGGAAUGGUGCCACAUCUACCUGAUCUUGUGCCAUACCUUGUGUGCUGUUUGUCUGAGCGUAAGGCUCUCGUACGAUCUAUCACUUGCUGGACCCUGUCACGAUACUCCCAUUGGAUCGUAUCUCAAUCUCAUGAUUUAUAUCUACGACCUGUUAUGACUGAGUUAUUGAAACGCGUGCUCGACAACAAUAAGCGCGUCCAAGAAGCAGCGUGUUCCGCAUUCGCGACCCUCGAAGAAGAGGCUUGUACUGAGCUCGUUCCAUAUCUGGGACAUAUUCUGCAGACCCUGGUGUUUGCCUUUGGCAGAUAUCAGCACAAAAAUCUUCUAAUACUAUAUGAUGCUAUCGGCACCUUGGCUGAUUCGGUGGGACAUCACUUGAACAAGCCAGAAUAUAUAGGGCUGUUGAUGCCUCCGCUCAUUACAAAGUGGAAUGUUCUUAAGGAUGAAGACAAAGAUCUUUUUCCUUUACUUGAGUGUUUAUCAUCAGUAGCAACAGCUCUACAGUCAGGCUUCCUUCCAUAUUGUGAACCUGUAUUCAGAAGAUGUGUAUCUCUCAUUGAACAAACGUUAAAUCAGAACAUUGCAAACACACAGAGCCCGGAACAAUUCGACGCCCCAGAUAAAGACUUUAUGAUAGUUGCCCUUGACCUCUUAAGCGGGUUGGCUGAAGGCCUGGAUGGUCACAUCAACCAUCUGGUGCUGAAUUCGAACCUGAUGCAGCUGCUUUACCAGUGCAUGCAGGACCCCAUGCCUGAGGUACAUCCUGUGCGCCAAUCAUCUUUCGCGUUGCUAGGGGACCUAACUAAGGCGUGUUUUCAACACGUGCACCCAUACAUUCCGGAGUUCUUGCCCAUACUAGGCAUGAAUUUAAAUCCGGAAAUUAUAUCUGUGUGCAAUAAUGCCACUUGGGCGAUUGGGGAAAUCAGUAUUAAGCUUGGUCCGGAAACAUCAAAAUAUAUUCCAUUAGUUUUGAAUCACUUGGUUGAUAUUAUUAAUCGACCCAACACACCUAAAACACUAUUAGAAAACACAGCGAUAACUAUCGGUCGGCUAGGUUAUGUGUGCCCCCACGACGUCGCACCCGUUUUACAACAAUUUGUACGCCAGUGGUGUACAUCACUGCGGAAUAUCCGCGACAAUGAAGAGAAAGAUUCAGCAUUCCGAGGCAUUUGUCAAAUGAUACAAGUAAAUCCCGGGGGCGUGGUCGCGGACUUUAUGUUCUUCUGUGACGCGGUUGCCUCGUGGUCCCAUCCGAAAGAGGAUUUAAAAGAAAUGUUUACGAAGAUCCUUCAUGGGUUCAAGAACCAAGUGGGAGAGGAGAACUGGCGCCAGUUUACGGAUCAGUUCCCUAUGCAACUGAGCGCGCGGCUUUCCGCCAUGUGCGGGAUAUAA